ACGUACAAUACCAUUCAGGGAUCCGUUGCCCUUUCCCUUUUCGUUUUUUUUUAUUACAUUUAAAAUGGAAAUUAAAGCAGUAGCAGUCGUUGAAAUUUGACGGGACAAGAAACAAAAACAAGUGGGGGAUAAUGCUCUUCAAAGAUUUGCAAAGAUCUUACGAAAUUGGAUCCUCAGAAUCUUCACCUUUCUGUCUCUAUCUCUCUCUCUCUCUCUCUCUCUCUCAGUGACUCUUUCCUGUCUCCUUCCUCUCCUGCCCCUUCUUUACUUUAAAGCCGAAGCACCCCACAUUUUUCUCUUUGUACAACACUCUAUUUUCUUUUCUUUGCCUCGCAUAUAAACACCUUAAGUCUCCAUACAUUCAGAAAAAGAAAGCAAAAGACCACGCAAGAUAGAGCUUCUUCCAUUCUCCUACUGGGUUAUGGCGGUUGUCGGUGAGGUUUUACCAUCUGGGUCACAGGAGUUGCAUGUUCUUGCCGUGGAUGAUAGCCACGUGGAUCGUAAGGUCAUUGAAAAAUUGCUUAAGAUAUCUUCUUGUAAAGUUACGGCUGUGGAGAGUGGGACAAGAGCUUUACAAUUUCUUGGUUUGGAUGGGGAAAAAGGGUCUCUGGGAUUCAAUGGUUUGAAGGUGAAUCUUAUAAUGACAGACUAUUCCAUGCCCGGGAUGACCGGAUAUGAGCUCCUCAAGAAGAUCAAGCAAUCAUCGGCUUUUAGAGAAAUUCCUGUGGUGAUCAUGUCCUCUGAGAACAUCCUCACCCGUAUUGAUAGGUGUUUGGAGGAAGGGGCAGAGGAGUUCCUAGUUAAGCCUGUAAAACUGUCGGACGUAAAACGGUUGAAAGAUUUCAUAAUGAGAGGAGAAACAGAGGAAAACGGAGGGAGAAGAGUCCACAAAAGAAAGUUUGAAGAUGAUAGCCAUCAGUCAUCAUGGUUAUCGUCAUCAACACCAUCAUCACCUUCAUCGCCGCUAUCACCCUCACCUUUUACUGCAGCUCCUUUAGCCUGUGAUCUAGCAACCUCAGAACUACCAGCAUCACCUCUGCAUUCAUCAAAGAGGGCUAAAUUGUGCAACAGUGACUAAUACCCCUCAUCCUUUUUUUCUUUCUUCUUUCAGUGGUAAAUUUUUUGAAUAUAUCCUCGUAUUUUCCCGGAUGCGGGUCGCUAGGUGAAAGAUAACUUCGGUGUAUAUUGCAUUUAACCCUGGCCUAUUUACGAUCAGAAACAGAGAUACGGAUAGAGGAAGAAAUUACAAAUGAUAUUCCUUUUUUCCAUGUAGGUAAAGAAACGUCACCAUAAUCAAUGAAGAGUACGGUCGAUUUAUCUGGAA